AUGGUCGCGAUGAAGAGAUCAGCAAUCGCACUGGCGAUGGCUGCCGCAGUCAGCGCUCAAACGUCGUCCGUUAUCAAUGUUUUCAUUCCUGAUGCGGACGAUCAAACUCUUCUGGGUUCCCUCAUUGCCUCUGAUGCUUCCAAGACCACGAUGGCCAUCUCGUGUCCAUCCAACGCCGACAUGAGCGAAUGUGGAUUUGGCCCUGACGCGGUUACCAUCACUUUCGGCCCAUCAACUUUCCGCGCGGCAGAGACCCUCGACCCGUUGUCGCUCAUGCUCGACUGCAAUGAAACAGCUACAGCCACGGACUCAUCGACGGCGGACGACACGGAUACUAGUAUGAUCACAACGACCACAACGACGGUCCUAUCGCAGUCCGAAAUUGUUUUCAUCCCAGUGACGAUCACUGCAUUCGCCGAUUCUAGCAACAAUACUAGUGCCAGCACCACCGGAGCGAGUGCAAGUGCAUCCACAGCUACGUCAACGGGGUCUGCGACGAGUGGCGCGGCGUCUAGCAGUACGAGUGCGAGUGCGAGUGCGAGUGCGAGCGCGAGCGCAUCGGAUCAGAGCAGCAGUGGCGGACGCGUGGGCGCCACUCGCUGGGAGCUGGUCUCCGCAGCGGGAGCCGGGCUGAUCGGGCUGACGCUUAUGCUGUUGUAA